AAGCACCUGGAGGACGCCUGAGCUCGCCUGGUAGCCCGGAACUGGGCAUCUGAGCAUUGGGGGUUUGCUGGCCAUGGAGGGACAGACCAGAGGGAGCAAAGGCCUCCUGGACAAGCCCCUCACUGCUGCCGCCAACCCCACCCUAUCCUCGCUGGGUGCCGUGUUCAUUCUCCUGAAGUCUGCACUGGGUGCCGGCCUGCUCAACUUUCCCUGGGCCUUCCACAAGGCAGGCGGUGUGGUGCCCACCUUCCUGGUGGCGCUGGUUGCUUUGGUCUUCCUGAUCACUGGACUGGUCAUCCUGGGUUAUGCAGCCUCUGUCAGCGGCCAGACCACCUACCAGGGUGUGGUGCGUGAAUUGUGUGGACCUGCCAUUGGGAAGCUAUGCGAGGCCUGCUUCCUGAUCAACCUGCUCAUGAUUUCGGUGGCCUUCCUCAGGGUGAUUGGGGACCAGCUAGAAAAGUUGUGUGACUCCCUCCUGCCCGAGGUCCCACAGCCUUGGUACGCUGCACAGCACUUCACCCUGCCCCUGCUCUCCGUGCUGGUCAUCCUGCCCCUGUCAGCACCGCAGGAAAUCGCCUUUCAGAAGUACACCAGUGUCCUAGGUACCCUGGCCGCUUGCUAUCUGGCUCUGGUCAUCACCGUGCAGUACUACCUCUGGCCUUGGGGCCUUGUGCACCAGCCCCAGCCUUUGCUGAGCCCUGCCUCCUGGACCUCAGUGUUCAGUGUCUUCCCUACUAUCUGCUUCGGCUUCCAGUGUCACGAGGCCGCCGUCUCCAUCUACUGCAGCAUGUGGAACCAGACCCUCUCCCGCUGGACCCUGGUCUCUGUGCUGUCCUUGCUGGCCUGCUGCCUAGUUUACUCCCUGACAGGGGUGUUUGGCUUCCUAACCUUUGGGACGGAAGUUUCUGCUGACAUCUUGAUGUCCUACCCAGGCAACGACUUGGCCAUUGUUGUGGCCCGCGUUCUGUUCACUGUCUCCAUUGUGACCGUCUACCCCAUUGUGCUGUUUCUGGGGAGGUCUGUGAUGCAGGACUUCUGGAAGAGGAGUUACUGGGGCACACGGGGGCCCCCAGUGCUGGCUGACCCCUCAGGGCCGUGGGUUCGGCUGCCGCUGACUCUCCUAUGGGUGUCGGUGACGCUGGCCAUGGCCCUGUUCCUACCCGACCUCAGCGAGAUCAUUAGCAUCAUUGGUGGCAUCAGCUCUUUCUUCAUCUUCAUCUUCCCCGGUCUGUGCCUCAUCUGUGCUAUGAACACAGAGCCCAUAGGACCAAGAGUCAAGUGCUGCCUGGAGGCCUGGGGCGUGCUCUCUGUGCUGGUUGGCACCUUCAUCUUUGGGCAGAGCACGUCAGUGGCUGUGGUAGAGCUGCUCUGA